GCGGGGAGCGCAGUCCCGGCGCGUAGGGGCCGCUCGGCGGGGGCCGCACGGGCAAGAUGGUGUGUGCUCGGGCGGCCCUCGGUCCCGGCGCGCUCUGGGCCGCGGCCUGCGGAGUCCUGCUGCUCACGGCCCCCGCAGGGGCGCAGCGCGGACGCAAGAAGGUCGUGCACGUGCUCGAGGGUGAGUCGGGCUCGGUGGUGGUGCAAACGGCGCCGGGGCAGGUGGUCAGUCACAGGGGUGGCACCAUCGUCUUGCCCUGCCGCUACCACUAUGAGGCAGCCGCCCACGACCACGACGGCGUCCGUCUCAAGUGGACUAAGGUGGUGGACCCACUGGCCUUUGCCGACGUCUUCGUGGCGCUGGGCCCCCAGCACCGAGCAUUUGGCAGCUACCGUGGGCGUGCGGAGCUGCAGGGAGAUGGACCUGGGGAUGCCUCCCUGGUUCUCCGAAACGUUACGCUGCAGGAUUAUGGGCGCUAUGAAUGCGAGGUCACCAAUGAGCUGGAGGAUGACACUGGCAUGGUCAAGCUGGACCUGGAAGGAGUUGUCUUCCCUUACCACCCCCGUGGAGGCCGCUACAAGUUGACCUUCACGGAGGCGCAGCGCGCCUGCGCCGAGCAGGAUGGCAUCCUGGCGUCCGCAGAGCAGCUGCACGCGGCCUGGCGCGACGGCCUGGACUGGUGCAACGCUGGCUGGCUGCGCGACGGCUCCGUGCAGUACCCGGUGAGCCAGCCCCGAGAGCCCUGCGGCGGCCUGGGCGGAGCUGGGAGCGCCGGGACGGGCGGCGGCACCGCCUCCGGGGGUGUGCGCAACUACGGCUACCGCCACAAUGCCGAAGAACGCUACGACGCCUUCUGCUUCACAUCCAACCUCCCGGGACGUGUGUUCUUCCUGAAGCCGCUGCGGCCUGUGCCCUUCUCGGGAGCAGCGCGUGCAUGCGCGGCGCGCGGCGCGGCCGUCGCCAAGGUGGGACAGCUGUUCGCUGCGUGGAAGCUGCAGCUGCUGGACCGCUGCACUGCGGGCUGGCUGGCCGACGGGAGCGCGCGCUACCCCAUCGUGAAUCCGCGCGCGCGCUGUGGCGGCCGCCGGCCGGGCGUUCGCAGCCUGGGAUUUCCCGACGCCACGCGCCGCCUCUUUGGCGUCUACUGCUACCGUGCACCCGGCGCGCCGGACCCCGCACCUGGCGGUUGGGGCUGGGGCUGGGCCGGAGGCGGGGGCUGGGCCGGAGGGGCGCGCGACCCCGCUGCUUGGACCCCUCUGCGCGUCUAG